CCUCCUCCGAGGGGCACGAUGAUCCUGCUGGGUCUCCUCGCGGUGCAAGGUCAUUAUAUUUCUGUGGACACCUCACAGGGAACAAAUGGUGACACAGCUGUACUCCUCAGUCCUGACCUAUAUACAGAAGAGUGGAGCUGUAUUAGGCUGAUAUAUCAGAUUGCAACAUCUUCAGAGUUACCAGUAGAUGCUACUGCCUUAAACCUGUACCUAAGGGUGGAAGGUGAAAGUUUUGACCAUUUGCUUUGGACAACCACUGAGCGCUCAGAGAGCUGGCUCAUAGCUAGUCUAGAUAUUCGAAACAGUACAGACAAAUACAAAAUUGUUCUAGAAGGCAUCUUGGGAAGAGAUAUUUUUGCCAGCAUAGCAAUUUUUGAAAUUAAGAUAACUACUGGCUACUGUAUAGAAUGUAAUUUUGAAGAAAAUCACCUGUGUGGUUUUAUGAAUCGCUGGAACCCCAAUGUAAACUGGUUUGUUGGUGGAGGAAAUGUUGGAAAUUCACAAUCCAUCCUUCCAAGAGAUCACACUCUUAAUGAUGAGUUUGGUCAUUAUAUGUAUGUGGACUCUCUCUAUGUCAAGCAUUUCCAGGAAGUGGCUCAGCUGGUCUCACCUAGGACAACAACUCCUAUGUCAGGCUGCUUGUCCUUUUAUUACCAAGUGCAACAGGAAAGUGGAAUUGUAUUCACUGUCUACAUGAGAGACAUAAAUGGCUUUUAUGAAGAACUUUGGAAAGCAGAUGGUUCUGUGAGUAAGGAUUGGGUCUUAGGAGAAGUUGACUUCAGUGCACCAUAUCCAAUGGAGGUGAUUUUUGAAGUUGCUUUCAACAGUGCGAAUGGGGGAUAUAUUGCUCUUGAUGACAUUUCUUUCUCUCCCGUUUUCUGCAGCAAUCGGACAGAAAUUUCCUUCAGUCCUUCACAGGCAAGUUGCAGUUUUGAGGAGGAUCUGUGUAAUUUUUAUCAGGAUCACAAGGAUGGCCCUGGCUGGAGCAGGGUCAAAGUAAAGCCUAAUGCAUACAGGCCAGGAGACCAUACUACUGGCAUGGGUUACUACUUGCUAGCGAAUACAAAGUUUACAUCACAACCUGGGUACAUUGGCCGUUUGUACAGCACUACUUUGCCAGGAAAUUUACAGUAUUGUCUGCGGUUUUAUUAUGCCUUAUAUGGAUUUUUCAAAAUGACUGAUGCCCUGGCUGUUUACAUCUUUGAAGAGAACCAUGUGGUACAAGAGAAAAUCUGGUCUGUCUUGGAAACUCCCAGAGGAGUCUGGACGCAAGUGGAGAUCAGCUUCAAAAAGCCCAUGCCUGCCAAGGUGGUGUUUGUGAGCUGGUGUAGAAGCUUUUGGGAUUGUGGACUAGUGGCACUAGAUGAUGUGUCAGUGAGUUUAGGAAGCUGCCAAGCAGCUGAUAUAUUGCCUGCUUUUGCUGGAGAAUGUACUUUUGAGCGAAAUGAAUGUGGGUUCAUUCAGCAAAAUAGAAACCGGAGUGGUUGGCAUAAGAGGAGAGGUCAGACACCGACAUCUUAUACUGGACCCAAAGGAGACCACACUUCUGGGGUAGGACAUUACAUGUACAUAGAGGCAUCCAACAUGAUCUAUGGACAGAAGACACAGCUUGUUUCAAGGGUAUUACGACGGACUGUUGGACAUCAGUGUCUUACAUUUUUUUAUCACAUGUAUGGCUCUGGAACAGGGCUAUUAAAUGUUUAUAUGAAAAAGCAUGGUGAUAAGGAUGAGAUCCUUCUCUGGAGAAGGCAUGGUGAACAAAGCAUCACAUGGUUAAGAGGCCAAAUAGAAUAUACAUGUGAUAAAUCUCAUCAGAUUAUAUUUGAAGCAGUUCGUGGAAUAUCAGUAAGAAGUGACAUUGCCAUUGAUGAUAUUUUAUUUCAGAGAGGACCUUGUAAAGAAACAGGAGAAACCGUACUACAAUCUUCUGGUUAUUCUGCCGAUUUUAAUGAAAUUGAAUAUUGAGCUCUGCAGAAGCAGAUUGAGUAUCACAUUGCUUCUCUACAAUAGGAACUGCACAGCCCCUUCCCUGCUCUCAGUUGUAGAGUGAUAAAUACUGAACUAUUUUGUUAGCAACGUGAAGGUAUGGCAAGAAUUCAGCCUUGCCAAUGAAGUUACUGACUCAGGGUUUCCCUCACUUUGUUUUUUAUUGUACUUUAUUUUGCAUGUGACACCAGUGAUUCUAAAGGGCUAUUCAUUUUGCAGAGUGUGAAGUAAUAGACAAAUGUGUUUUUGGUAAACAUUUUUGGGCACAUAAUUACAGAAAGCAAAAAGGACAAAAUAUGUAAUUUGUCAUUGUGUUAACUAAAACUGCAUUCAGUGAAUGUCUUGUCUUUGGCAAAUUAUGGAUUUAAUUUUAGAAUUUAGAUAGAAUGGAGAAAAUAUUAUUAAAAGCUAGUAAUAUUCUGUAGGUCAAAUGAAAUAGUUUUCAAUUGUUGUUCAGGAAAACCAAUCUCUUCAGGGAACCCAUUUAUAAAAAUAUUAAGUAUCACAUAAAAACAAUUUGGGUUGGUUUUUUAUGGGGGGGGGCUAUUCCUUGCCAAACAAUUAUUGUAAUGAAUCCAUUUGUCAUUCCAGCAACUGACAGGUGAACUGCUGUAAAGGUUCCGUUAAAGUGUUGAUUACAAUACAUAAACAGUGACCUUCAUACAUUACAGCAGAGUGGAAUGCAGGUUUUUAAAAAU